AUGCCAAGCAUUGGAGAAAAGAUCAAGUCAGUCUUUACGACUGAACACUCUGCUGAAGCCGAGAAAGGUGUUGUUGACCAUCGAACUCCUGGCUCAUUCCCCGAGGAAGAUUCUGCUGCGCAAGAUCAACAUCAACACAGAGAGCACCAUGAGCACAACAAGCUUCACAAGCGAGACGACCCUCGUGAUUAUACCAUUCCCAUUAGCCAAGAGAACCCUUCCGCGGCAGGUUACAGUCACAAGCCCGUGGACUCGGGGGUAGGACUGGGGGGACAGCCACUCGCACAUGAUUCCGUCAAGAAUAUCUCUGCGUCGCCAGCUACACAACCAUAUGCUCACGACAAUAGUAGACAAGCAACAGAUGAGCAAAACCGGCCUGACACGUCUGCUGUGCCUGGCACUGGCCUUGUGGCUGCUGGCGCCGGCGGUGUCCCUGCGAGAGCACUCGGCGAGGAUCGCUCUGGUCAAAAGCCGCUGUCUGGAAUUGCUCACGAUGGUCAUGCUUCCACUUCUCGAGAUACCCCUUUGGAUCGUUCUGGUCUUUCUGGUACAGAAGCGGGAAACAACCCUGGAUAUACAAGCCAUCAGGGGACUACUGGCAUUGGAGCUGCUGCAGUCAGUGGUGCACAUGACAAUUCUCUACCAAGCCAAGCGUCGCGCCGGGACGUUGCGGACAGCAAAGACUCUUCUGCCGCGCAGAAAGAGGAACCAUAUUGGGGAGAUUUGCCGCAGGGUUCUGGCGUCUAUAAUACAGUGAUUGGUCAUGGUAGUGGCGAGGAUACAUCAACACAACACCGCGCAAUUCCCAGGGGCCCAGAUGAUGGACAGUCACCACGCAAUGCUGCCUCGAGCUCUUCCCCAGAUCAGCUCAGCUAUGGUUCGGGUGUUUACAAUACUGUUACCGGACACGGCAGUAAUGACGAGCAUGAUGCUAUGCACUACAAUGAGGAUGGACACAGAGUCUUUCCACUAAACGACAGCCAUGACACGAGCCAUGAUCGCCACAUUGGCGAGGCUGGAACAGCCAUGGGCGUAGGUGCCGCGGCGUAUGGCGCUUCGCAGCAUCACAAACAUGCCAAGGAGGCAGAUGCAGGGACUCUUCCAUCCGGCGGUAACGUGACUGGCACGGAAGCCCGUCGUCCUUUGCAAGACACCAUGAAUGUAACACCUACCAACACUCGAGAUGCCGGUGGCGCUGCAUUAGCUGGACGGCACAAGGAUCAGACUCAACAUGUCACUGGAGGACGUACAACUGCACAAGAUUCCAAUGAUUACAAUUCCAAGGCAGCUGAUCCCACCGGUCAUCAACACAAGAUUACUGGUUUUCUGCACCGCAGACACGACGAAGAAGGUGGAAGCACUGCGCACAAGCGAGCAUCUGAUAUUGUUACAGAUGAUUCAGUCACUUCUGGCUCAACUAGCAGACCCGAGCUUAAGCAAUCACUCGAAGAUGACAGCUCUCACAGAAACAGAAAUGCGGCGGGACUUGCUGGAGUUGGCGCCGGCGCAGCCAUGGGAUAUGGUCUCUCGCGCCAUGAAAAGCAACAUGAGAAUGAUACUCCUGUUCAAUAUCAACCAGAGCAGGCUUCUACAAUCAACAACGCACAAACCUCUCUUUCUCAUGGAACAACUAAUCAGCCUGCUGGAUACGCCGAAAACGAUUCCCAAUUUCAACAAUCCAGACAGACGCCUUCUAAUGUAGUUCAUGACGAUCGUCAUGCGAGUCAAGCUCGCAACCUAGCUGGUGUGGGAGCAGCGGCCGGAGCUGGAUAUGGUGCUUCCAAGAUGGCCCAGCACGAGAAGCAACCUAUCGACACGAGAAACCAGACUGGAAUCGCAUCUGGUUCAAUACGCACUCCCGAAAACACCUCUGUGCAAAGUGCUGCUUAUAAUUCAUCAACUUCCACCAAACACGAUUCCUAUGAUCACCUUGCAAGUGGUACCGCCUCUGGCGUCGCUCGAGACACGCACGGCCAUGGUCAGAGCAACCUGGCAAACACAGCUAGUGGACAACCAGAGUCUUCCCAAUACACUCCUGGAAAUCAAGGUGGUCAGAGCCCAUACAACGUCUUGGCCUCUGGCACCCCAUCCGGUGUUCAAGUCGAAAACAAGCCCUCUACAAACUUGCACACUUCAAGUACUCCUUCGAGCCAGCCACUAUCAAAAGUUUCUGAAGACUGUCCUAAAUGCGGUGCGACAAAGUAA